CGGUUACCUGAGACUGUGUGUACAUGUACGUGUGUGUGUUGUUACGGACUGCGUCAUCGUCACCUUGGCAACUGCGGUGUAGCUGACCAUGAAGAGGAAGACUUCGGGCCUCGCAAGGCCUCGCCGGGGGUCAGCGACCGGGGUCAGCCGCCGAUGAUCUUUUGGCAGUUUUUGCGGCGAUGGACACCUUCAGCGGUAAGUUACAGCAGAAGGCUCUGCAGCAACCUAAGCAGAAGAAAUCCAAGUCGGCUGAAUUUCUGAUGGGGCGAGAGCAGAGAGACACUCUGGUGGGCAUAGAGAACCCGGCAUUCGACGGAGGAGGAGGCGUCGAAAUCUCCCUCGCUCCUCCUGCGUGGCUGGGGAGAGAAAUCCGAGGUGACAGGCCAGAUAGCACCCUUGCAGCUCACCCAAAAAAAAUGGAGCUGCGAGCCGCUGCCAAAGAAAGAGGAAAUCAACGCGGCCAAAAUGACUUUGACCCGUCGUGGGCCGAGCAGACAGACCCAAGGCGUAGCGGGACGGCCGGGGCCGGCGCGGUAGAUGAGCUGGAAUUAACAACAUUGAAUGCUGAUGAAAACAGACUGUAUCAUGGAAUGUCUUCAUUGCUGGAUGAGGAGGAUACCUUCAUUAAUAUACCUGGUACGCUGCCAGCCUUCAGGGAUGAGGAGGUGUUGGAGGUGAAGGCGGGUGAUCCGGUGCUCGAGCAGCGACUGCUGCUGCACAGCGGUGGUGAGGCCUCGGGCUCCGGGCCCUCCCAGACCAACACCGCCGCCAAAACCCAGGCUGGUGUAUGUGCUGGACUCGAAGCAGGGAGGAUGGUAAUGGACAGAGAAGGCACUGCAAAAAUGAGCCCAGCUGAGGAGGUGAUCCCCCACUACGCCCAGCAGCCGAGGGAGCGCGUGCGUCCUGACAUGAUCACGCUUGGCAGCCUUUCACUGCAGCAGCAGGCGGCGGCUCGGAAGGGGCCGCUGAGGAGGAGCGAGUGGGCAAAGAGAAAGAAGAGACUGAUGGCCGUCUUCGCUGGGAGCGUUGAGGCGCCCCAAACACAAAGGGACUGUGACGGGGCCGCGAGCGACGCCCCGCAGCCCCGACUCAACACGCCGCUGCCCCGCAGCACGAGCAGUGAAAACCCUUCCCUCAGAGCGCUGGCGGAAGGCCAAGAGGAAGCGACGGCCAAACUCGGGCGGAUGACAGAGCUCCCAGAAUCCUCUUCUUCUUCAGCAUCGCGGCCCCCGUGGCCGGUGACCCGGAGCACAACGCUGCAGCCUGUGGAGGUGCGUGUGUGCUGCGUAAGAGCUGCCAGAGACAAGCUGCCGAGGGGCCUCUACACAGUCAGCGUGGCCCUCCACGGCCGCCUCGGGGGCCCGGCUCUGGCCUGGUGCAGCAAGAAAGAGCAGCAACAGCGGGCGCCGUCCGCCGAGCCGGUCGCGCAUCGGGGGCGGUUCUGGGACACCGACCUGCACUUUAACCAGAGCCUGUUAAUGCUCCUACCUGCGGCCUGUGAGCUCGUCCCCUCCAUGGUCCUGGUCUUCCAACUGAUCUUGCUCCCGGGAGGCAGCAGCCACGUCGGCUCCGUGCUGGCUUGGGGGGCUUUCCCCGUCUGCGGGCCGAGCCUCGGCCUCGUCCAGGGCAGGUUCAAAACCCCUCUGCUCAGGGGGGAGCCGAGCACACAACUGGACCAGUUUAGAAAGAUGGAAGCCAUCAUCUCCUCUGAUCUGGACCACUGGCUGUGCAACCUGUACUUUCAGGUAAAGAGGCUCCCUUCCCAAACCUAUGGGGGACCGGAGCGCCGCAUCACCCUUUCCAUACCUUCACCUUACCCCCCAGUCACGUCCCAAACGGAGGUCCAACCCGCUCUAACCCAGCCACAGUUAUGCCCUCGGGAGCAGGGGCAGGCGAACCCCCCGGGGUGCAUUCUCACCGGGGGGUCUCCUCUCCACCUGUCAGCCGAUUCCGCUUGCUCUUCCUCAUCUUUGCCAGGGAAGAAUUCCUCCUCAGGAGCCAAUUCUGGAGACAGGAGAGAGAAGAGUGAUCCAUGUGGGGAGAAAGCAGAGGGCGGGACUCACUACAAGAAGAAGCCAAUCAAGAAGACAAAUAGCCGCGGCCCCAGCGUGAGCGGCGGCGGCGGCAGCGCACCGCAUCUGCAGGCAGAAAAACAGAAGAUGCAGCCUUCCACGGAGAACCUCUCCAAGGAGGAGAUGGAGGAGUUUACAUUCUCCCUGCAUUCAGCACCGACUGGGCACGGCCCCCGCCUGUCACGCCUGUCGGAGCGAGCCCGUCUGGCCCUCAGCAUGCUACCGUCCGAGCUGGGCCUGCCGUUGCCUGGGCAACAGCGGUCGCGCGGUAGCUGGCGUUGCUCCGUGCGGCAGCUCGGCCUCAUUAUGCUGCUGCUGGCUUUGAUGUGGUUUGUGAGGCUCUACCUGCAUUACUGCAGCCAGUGGCUCUACCUCCAGGCCAUAGCAGUUCCUGUCAACAAAUUCCAGUUCCACGCACACACGGUGGACCUCGUUUACCAGAGUUCUUUGCUCCACACCCGGGAGGAGCUGGCGAUGGUGGUGGCGGGUCCCCUGACCUUGAACGCAGUAACGUUCCUGCUGGUUCUGAUCAGAUGGGGCUGUCAACAAAUGUUUGGCUCACUCCCUUCCUUCACGUCAAAGUUUAUCAUGGCUCAGGGAGUGUGGACAGUCCUCGACCCCCUGGCAGUCUUUGCAGUGGACGCCGUCCUCGGGCGUCUCGCCUACAGCCCAGACACACCAGUGGGGGACGCGGCCAAGCUUUACUGGCACUUCUAUCGGGUUGACCAAUCAGGUGCAGCAGGAGUGAUCAUCACUCUCUUCCUCUACACGGUCCUCUUUCUGCUCUCCACAACCAUCCUCUCCAUAAACAUCCUCAGAUUCCACAACGACGGUCGCAUGCUGGACGUUUUUCAGCGGCUCACAGCCACAGAGGGGAAGUACUUCCUGCCUCAAGACCUGGAGCUGUCCAAUCAGGAGCUGAGCUACAUCGUCAAGAAGGCAGAGCAGUGGCGAGGCUUUAAUGGGGAGAGGCGCAAGGUUGCAGUCUACGACUAUAUCUGCACGGUGGAAGACCCAUUGGCAGGCUUUGCAGCUCCUACCGACCUCCCGAGAGACGGAGCGACUCUACCGGAGGGCGAGACCAGCACCCACGUGGCGGUCUACACCCUCUACCUGAGUGGGUUGAGACAAAGAUACAGGCACUUCCUUCGACAGCCGGACGGGGCGAUCGUCGAGGUGAUUGGUGACAUGGAAGGGUCGGACUGUGGGACCAGGAUGGCGCCCGGCCCGGCCGAGCCGCCGUAUGGUCAGAGAGCUGAAGAGGGAGGCGCGGGGGAACCACAACGGCUACGGAAAAGGAAGAAAGCAUUUGGGCGGUCCAAUCGCGUUGAGCCAGUAGGAGGAAGUGGGUGUGGCUCCAGUUUAGCACCGCAUGACCUGCAGAUGAGGUAGUUGAACCGUAACUCCUCUCAUCAACGGUCGGUCGACUUGAGUCGUCUGCAACUUGCUUCUGUAGGUGUUACAUUUCUUGAAUCCUUUGUGCUUUUUCAAUAUUUGUAGGAUUUAGAUAUCAAAAAUGUAAAUAUGCUAUAUUGCCGGUGUAAAUGUGGUAUAUAAAAGAUAUUAACUUUUUUUAUCUCUUAGUAAAAGAAUAUGUAUGUAUACUGUAUCAAUUCCAGGUGACAAUGACAUGUUGAGUACAGCGUAGGCGAAGGUCGACUCAUCGGAAUAACUGCGACCAUAAUAAUUAUUGUAAAUUAUUUUGAACCUGCGACCCCGAGAAAGUAAACACAGCCAGUGUUGUAACCUAAUGAAACGCUUCCGGUGAGUGCGGGUUGUUGGGCGUUCAGCGCAGCCUCAACAUGUUGAGAAAUGAAGAUUUGAGAAUUCACUAAUCAGAACACGAGUGAUAAAAUAUCAAUAUUGGCCUCACAUUAAGCAGGAUAAUAUCCAGGCCAGCUUGAUUUGUAUUGAAUAUGUGUCUGCUAGCCAGUGCUCAGCGUAAUGAAGUGGCUCACAAAUCAGGCCAUAAUGGCUGCCUACUUACACAUAUUGCUUAAUUAAAGGUUGUGAGCUUAUUAGCAUGUGUCUCUUGCACGGCGAACAGGGAGAUGGGAAUCGGGACUGAUGUCGUUGACGGCCGGGCUUUAAGGGGUUUUAUAGAUCAUAAUAAAGCCGUGCCCCCCCCCGCCACCAAGAUCGGAUCUUAAUAACCUGUCAUUUUCAUUGACAAAGAUUUGCAUCCAUGGCGGCCGUUACAGAUCAACUUCUUGGCCUUAUGGAUGGCGACGGCGACCAUUCCUGUCCGUCAUUAUCAGAAAACAAACCUUACUUUAGCCUCGGAGUUGCCUGAAGGAGCGAAUCAUGUCUCUGUCCUAUGAAAUGAGCAAAGCCCGACGUGGAGGCCUGACACGGGGGUCCCAUGAUUGCUUUGCGUCCAACAGAUAAUGACGUUUUGUUUAAUGCGAUGUAUCUCCUGCAUUGGCAGGAUGUGUUAGACUCUGGUGUUUGCAUCCUGGCCUUCUGUCUGCCUGUGACGUUAGCCAGAACCGCGCAGAGCUAAUGCGCUUCAAUUAGAGAUCACUCCAUUAACAGUGACAGUGCUACACCCCCCGAUUCAAUCAGCCCCCUAAUGAACAUUAAGCAGAGACGCCGGCUCUCAGAGAUGACAGGGAGCUCUUCCCUUUCUCCAUUUGUCCUACUUUACCUCCUCUCUCCCUUUCAUUAUUAUUUUUAUCCUCUGCAAACUCCCCUGUUCGUUUUCUUUUCCCCUUUAUAUCUUUUUAAAAAAAUAAUACAGUGCAAAACAAUGUUGGUCUCUGAAGCCAAAUCAACACGGCCGAAAAGCAUACAAAUAGCUCCGGUCUCUUUUGAUAUGUUAAUUACCUUAUAUAAAUCUAUAUUAUUUGAGGAUUUUUCUUUUUGAAUACGCUUUUUCUCUCGUUUGAUGUUCUCUGAGAGUAUCGUCAACUUUUUAGUACAUCAUCAAAACAAAGCCCCGUGCAAUGUUUGUACCGGGCCCAGACGGCGCGGAUACAAUGGGAGGCAAAAGGUAUUUCAACGGUUCAAAUAUUUGAUUGUUAAUGACAAACACCAUUUCACCACAAUUUAAAUUUCAAAUUGAUCCCUGGGAGCAAUUAUUUCCAGGGGAGAGAAACACGCCGGCAGGUCUCCGCUCCACACAUUUGCUGAUUUAAGUUAAAAGAAAACCUUUUUGCAGAGCUAUCAUACGGGAACUGCAACUUUUUGAAGUAUACGCGCCUGCAUCUGCUUAGAGCCCACCCAACCUGGGGAUGUUGCUGUAGAGUGUGAAAAUAAAACAUAAAAAGAAAAAAAAAAACACUUUUUCUAAUUCUAUAUUUAUGUAGCCCUCAGCUUGAGGUGUUCACAUAAAACAGUUUGUAUUCAGAAGUGCUGCGGUGAUCGUUAUGCUGCGCGGUGAGAUCGGCGACUCUUCUGGCGCGGUUGGCGGGGACGGCUCAGCCCGAUUCAUUUGAAUUGAAGUUACCAACUAAAUAAAAAGGCUUUCAAAUUCCCGUUUUUACUGCUUUGAUUUAUUUUGUCUUUCUAGAGCUUUUCUGAUUGAUUUUUUGUAAUGCAUUUCUUUUGAUGAAGAACUUUGUACAUUUCCCGUGUUUGCAUGUGCUUGUAUAUUUACCCAACUUUAUUAAUGGCAUCUUCUUGUUUGAUGUUGAAAUGUAAUUAUGUGUGGUACCUAUUGGAGGAGGUUGUUGUUAAAAAAAAA